AUGGAUGCUGUAGGAGGUGCAGCUGGCAUUUUUCACUUUUUACAACAAGGUUGCAGCCGCGUCAAUCAGGUCCGUGGGUUUGAAGACGAGUUCAGAAUCUACCAGCUCCACCUCCAAAUGCAGCGCUUCCGUUGUGACGCCGUUUCAAGAAUCAUCCACAACAUAGACCACAACAAGAAUACUCUAUCCGCAAAUGCAAUACUAGAUAGCACGCCAGCCUCACCACAGGAGGGAGAACCGACAUUGGCGGGGCUUCUCGCUGAAAUCCAACAUGCCCUCCAUAAAGCUCAACGUGAAGCUGCGCGAAUCAGGGACGAUUGCGGCACGCAAGUUCCCACUACGGGAUUCCUCGACAAACGAAAAACCCAAGCGGCGAAAACAAUACAAGGAGUCAAAUGGGCUUUCUACAAGAGGGACAACUGCAUCAACUAUUUGGGGGAAAUUUCCUCCCUGAUCCUGAACCUCGAGCAUCAAGUUGAUAGGGAAUUGCUUGCCCUUGGGGAUGCCGGCUUGAUGUACAUGGCAAGGCGGCGGUAA